GGCUGGCGGGGGCGGCGAGGCGGUUCCUUCGAGCGCGCUAGUUUGUUCCGUGAAGGGAGUGAGAACGGUUAGGCGCACUCGGCCACCUUCCGUUCCCCGCGUAGUGCUGUAGAUACGGCCGAUAACGCCCACGGCCGUUUCUGGUCGGAAGUUACGGUGGUUGGGGCGUUUCGGCCCUCGGCGUGAGAUGCGAUCGCUUAUUGCACGCGGAGCCUGAGUCGUCCGGCAGGUCACGCUAGCAGGCUCGCGCUGUGGGGACGCUGCUGAAAAGUGAGACGACUGCCGACCCGUCGCGGUGUCUCCGCAGCUCCCCGCUCGCAGAGCCAGGGAGAUGUCCUUUGCUUCUCAGAUGUAAUGCACUUUAAGUUUGUUAUUCAACAGUGAAAAUGAGUCAUACAGAGGUUAAAUUAAAAAUACCUUUUGGAAAUAAAUUACUAGAUGCUGUUUGUUUGGUACCUAACAAGAGCUUAACAUAUGGAAUAAUUCUUACACAUGGAGCGUCAGGAGAUAUGAACCUUCCUCAUUUGAUGUCACUGGCAUCCCAUCUUGCAUCUCAUGGUUUUUUUUGCCUGAGAUUUACCUGUAAAGGCCUUAAUAUUGUACAUAGAAUUAAGGCAUAUAAAUCAGUUUUGAAUUACCUAAAGACCUCAGGAGAAUACAAACUGGCAGGUGUUUUCCUUGGUGGUCGUUCAAUGGGCUCAAGAGCAGCUGCUUCUGUAAUGUGCCAUAUUGAGCCAGAUGAUGCUGAUGAUUUUGUUCGAGGUCUCAUUUGUAUUUCUUACCCACUGCACCAUCCAAAGCAGCAACAUAAACUUAGAGAUGAAGAUCUCUAUCGUAUAAAAGAUCCUGUAUUGUUUGUGUCAGGGUCAGCAGAUGAAAUGUGUGAAAAGAACUUGUUGGAGAAAGUGGCACAGAAAAUGCAAGCUCCCAAUAAAAUCCACUGGAUUGAGAAGGCAAAUCAUUCCAUGGCAGUGAAAGGACGGUCAACAAAUGAUGUUUUCAAAGAAAUAAAUACACAGAUUUUGUUUUGGAUCCAGGAAAUCACUGAAAUGGACAAGAAAUAAUUGUAUUUAGCUAAAAGCUAUGUUAUUUUGAAUACAGAUACAGUUCAUUUGAUAAAGAACAUCACACCUCAGCAUUAUGAGAUAUUUCAGAUGAAUUUAAUGUUCUUUAAUGUUUCCCCCAUUUUUAAAAUACGUUUUAAUUGUGGAAAUUAAGGUCCUUUAUAAAAUAUCAUUUGAAAGCACUGUUGUAUAAAGAUGAUGUACAAAUAUUGAAGGUGGUCUAAAUAUAAUUUAUUUUCAUUAAUAUAGUUAAGUUUUGAAAAAAAAUUAAACAUUUGAAUUUUGUUACAA